CUUCGUUGGAUUGUGCUUCUGUUCCCGAGUUUGAUGUAUUCGAGAAACACACAUAUACAUGCUAUGAAGGAAUUGCUUUCAUAACCACUACACCCAGCUACGUGGGCCUGUGGCAGGUGCGGGUGUGCCCGGCGAGACCUCUUUCCUCACAUCCACCCCCAGCCCAUCCACCCCACCUGCAGCAUUUCCCUGCCGUGCCCUCCCUGCCCGGGCGAUCACAGGAGGCGUUGGGGGUGAGCAGGCAGACUAGUGAGCAGGGCAGUCGGGGGGUGAGUCCACUACAAUGGGUAAAAGAGGUGCUGACAACAUCAAAACCUGAUGUGAAAUGUAAAGACGGAAAGAAUUGAAAAAGGGGGUACAACAAUUCCAGGCGAGGUGUGGGACCAUUAGCAUCUGCAACCAAUUCUGCUGUGUCCUAAAAAAAACCUGUUGGAGGAACAGCCAUCCCAGCAGUCAUGUCAAAGGAUGAAGUAAGCUGCAAGUUGACUUCAGUCUACAAGCACAAGGAGCGUAAGCCUAAAAAGCCACAUUACAUCCCAAGGCCAUGGGGGAAGCCCUACAACUACAAGUGCUUCCAGUGCCCUUUCACCUGCAUGGAGAAGUCCCAUCUCUAUAACCACAUGAAGUACAGCCUCUGUAAGAACUCACUCUCACUGCUUAUUGAGUCUGACUGGCCCUACAAAAAAGGAAACUUGCUGCACCCUGAGCUUCGCCUCCUACAGGCCACAGAGACAUCUCGGCUCCGUGGCAGGAGGGAUGAGCAAGAAGCCUGUGACUCUUCAGCUGCAGCAGGAGUGAUGGCUAAUCCAAAGCAAGCCGCAGAUGGAGAUGAUGAGGGAGACAAGCCAGCACCAGAAGCUGAAGUCCUGCCCUCAGAAGGGAUCAAUGAAGAAGCCAGCCAUUUUCAAGAGGAGGAGGAAGACAUGACUGGGCUGCUGAGAGAGAUGGAUUCAGCUGAGAAGAAGGAGAAAGCAAAGGAGGAGGCAGGUGAUCCUUCUGAACCAGAGGUGAACACCCUGGUCUUUGGAUUCAAGAACAAAAGGGACAAGCCUUGCAAAGAGGUUGAGCCUGAUUUCAUCAUCACAGAUGUCUUCUCACUGAAGAACCACAUGAUGAAGGGCAAGGAAACUCCUUCUCCAGACUUAGAAGCCAAGCCAAAGCAUUGCAAGGUGCCAAAGAAAUGCCUGGGGAGCAGCGGGAUUCUCAUGGAGCAGUGGAAGCUGGUUGCUAAUGGGCAAAGAAGAGGUACCAACGAUGUCUCCCCACCAUGUACUGAAGGCAACAUCAUCCCCUGCUAUCCCCCUCCAGCCUAUGGUGAUUACCAUGAACCUCAUGGCCUGAACCUCUCACUGCUGGGCAUUAACUACCCGCUGAACCCCAGCCUCUUUUCCUAUCUAGGUCCCACCAUGACCAACAGUGCCACAGCCCACCCCCACCUCACACAGCUACCCUUCCUAGCCUCCACUGCUCAGCUGAUGCACCCACAUUCCACUCACUUCCAGCCCCUCCAGCACCCUGAGAGAUCAGCCUUCCUGCCCCGUUUCUACUACCCCUUGCUCUUUGAACAUACCUUUGGCUCCACUGAAAGCAAGACAGCUGCAGGCAAACCAGAGGCCCGGCAGCCAGCAGGGUCAGCCAUGCCAUCUCCUCCCCAACCCCAAACUGCCAGUGAACCCCAGAAAGCAGGACUGCUGAAGGUGCCAGUGCUGAAGACCAAUUUUCCUUGGGCGAAAGGUGUCCGAGAGGAAGAAGAGGAGAAAUGGUUGCCCCAAGAAAAAGAAAGCAGUCCAGCUUUGGGCAUCAACAGCUUGCGCAAAAAGCCAGCACCUGAUGUCUACCAGAAUCUUGUGGGGAUAAAGGAUGGUGUCUUUCUCCCCAACAGCAUCAGGAAGGCAGAGUUACCAGUGGUCACUUGCCUGGAGAAUGCUGGUGCUCCAGUCAGCUCUCUGAAGAGGAAGUUCAUUGGGAGUGGGCUUGAUUUUAUGCCACCUGACACACUGAUUCCUGGAAAACUAGGCUAUCAAUCCAGCACUUUGAGAAUGACCCCUGCCCAGCUCCCAAAGUCCCUGGACCGCUGGCACAUGGAGUUCCACACUCGUCCAACUGAAGAGCAAGCGAAAACUAGUGGCCCAGAAGUUGUGUCCCCAGCAAUCACCCCCUCGGAUCACACCCCGUGUAAGCAGAGCAAAGUGCAAGAGACUUCAGCCAGCAAAACAGACCCCGAGACCACCACCCUGCUCAUUGGGGAUCUGUCAAAAACCCUUGAGGAGUACCAGGAGGUGGAGAAGAAACUCUCUGACCUGGCAAAAGAGGACACCCCUGGACAAAAGCACCUGAGAGAGCAGCUAGUCAAAAUCCGAAGGGAACUCUACCACAUCCACCAGGCACUAGAGAAAGCCACCAAGCCCCAUGAAGGCCCCUUGGACCUCUCAGUGAAAAGAUCCUCAGAAGGGCUUGAGAAGGGCCACCAGGCCAAGAAAGAUGCCUAUAACAUUAGUAUAGGAGGUGAGAAGCUCCAGAGCAAAGACCAAGGCGCUAUCAACAAGUGUGUAGCAGCUGGAGAACCUGGAGAUGGGGAUGGAAUGCCAAGUUGCCUUCUUGAGGCUGAGAACAAAACCAUUGAUCUGCUGAUCAAGAUGAGCCGGUCAGAGAACCUCCGGGCAUCGUCUACCGAGGCUCAUCUGGGUGCCGUUAUCAAAGCUGAGGUGCUGCCCCUCAACGUGCCCCUGGAGCUCCGACAUGUGAUGGAACCCUACUAUAGCCGCACCACCAAGUGUGAGGCAGACUCCAGCGUGCUGCUCUGCACAGAUGGGCGCUCCAGCACCACCCAAGGCCCUCAGCUCCCUGUGACUGAGGAUGGCCCACUGAGCUGCCAGGCCAUGCAGCGCUCCCUGUCCUGUGGUCUUCCCAACGACACAGAUGCAGUGUGUAUCCACAGCCCUUUAAACCCGGACCCAUGAUCCAACCUGGCACCUGCUCUCAGCACUUGGAUUUCUCUAAUUACCUUCUUCUUGCUCUCAACCCUGCCAGUCCCAUUUCCCCGACAAAGGCUUAGCCACUACCCGACUGUGAGGCCACGUAGCACUGUGCUCUUGUUAACUCCCUGUGACAGAAUCCAUGAGGUGUAAACAACACUUCCCCUCACCGUCCCUCUUCCCACUGCUAAGGACAGUGCUCGUGGGCUCUGCAUGUACACAGUUACAACUCCCUGAGCCCAGGAGCUGCUUCAAAGGGAAUGCAAACCAGCAGGCCAGGGAGUCUUUUCAAAGGGCAGGUGCAACUGAGACUGAGCUAUCUCCCUGCUUCCUACCAGGGGUUUGCUGACAAUGGGAGGGGAGUCUUUAUGGCUGACUGUAGAGGCCUGAGGAGACCAACAUCUAUGACCUGGGGAAGCGAAUCUGCAAAGCCUGAGACAGAUAAGCUGAGACAGGCUGGGGGCCUGCUGAGCCUACAGGACAUGCAGCUGAUAAUUGUGACUAUCAUGUCUUAUAAAGCAGAUCCGGGGAACUGACAGUUGGUUUGGGGUGGCCAUCAGGAACAGGCACCCACAUUAACCUAGCUGGACACCAAUAGUUCCAGCUGCUCCUGAUAAUAAACACAAGAACAGAAGCAAGAGUAUGUCUCUGGCCAUAAGUACAAGCUGGAUCCUGCAGGAGAGACUUGACAAUGGGGCAUCUUCUCCCCUUUGACCAUAGUUUCAAAAGGGCCCUGCAGCUGGAGGGACAUGUCAUGCUCCUGUAGAGCAAUGGAAUAAUGGUCUUUCUGAGGACCUGGAUGCCCACAGAGCAUCUGGACAUUUCCUUUGCUUUGCAUUUAUAUCAUGUUCCCUUCCCUGUACUUCAGUGUUCAGAGUGAAGGCCCCAGAUUCAAUCCUUGUCCCCACAGCCAGUCCUAUGAACUCCUUUUUGUUUGUCCUAAAAUAAAUCCUCUCUAUGCAGUCCAUGAAACCUGAUAGUAUAGGAAGGCAGAAAUCAGUGACAUAAUCAGUGAGGAUGAUGAGGGGGCAAUGAGAGCUACUUCAGAACCUGUUAUCAGGGAGGCAGCUCUUUUUCAAAUCAUGAUUUGAAAGACACUUCAGCUCUCCAACCCUGCUAGACAGUCCACAUGGCCUGCUGGUCCCAAGCUGGCACUCCAGGAUGCCUUCUGACUUCCUGUCAAUCCCUUAGGCAGAAGAGGCCUCCAUGAGAAGUUCUGGGUCAACAGGGUUGGAAUUGGCUGCCCCACAGGCCAGCAAGCCAUUCUGUGAUCUUCACUAUUGAUUAUGCAUUAGACUGAAGCACUCUGAAACUCCAUCUUCUCCCCUUCCUCCCUGUGCAUCUCUUGGAGGCCUCCUCCUCCUCUUUGAAUGGUAAGAUAUCAGUCCUUUGAUAUCCAUCCCAGGGGUCUCAUGCCACCCAGCUCACUCCUGUUGCUACCCAUUUUUCAGUGGCAACAAAGAAAGGAUGGAUUCAGCACAGGAAUCACAGAUUGCUUAUCUGCAGAGACAUGACUAUGGUUCAGGAGAAUAGCUGUUCACCCUCUCCUCUCCCCUCCUUUGGACAGAAAAAUGGAAUUUCUAGGACUCCCCUGGCCUUCUGCAGGGGCAUCAUUAAAACUAUUGAAUCCUGAUUUAUGUUCUUCCAAACACACAGGCUGUAUUCAUCAAGGAACUGAACAGCUGAUGUCCCUUUCUCUGCCUCUCCCAUCUUUACAGCUACCCAGUCUAGUCCCCUCCAUGAAAGAGACAGGGGCAUCCAUAAUCUAGUCCAGAGACCCAUUACUGAAUUCAAUGGAUGGGUGGUUCUUUUACUUGGAAGAACAAAAGAUGGGGGAAGCUGGUAAAAAUACAGCAACCCCAAAAGGAGGAGCAGCAGCCACAGAAUAGUGUGAGCCUUGCUGUUCUCUGUGGAAGGAGAAUUGAACAUGGAGAGUUUUGCUUCAAUUAAGUGAAAAAGGAAGGUCUUCAGAUGAGACCUGAAACUCCCAUGUAUUCUGUGGACCUCUGAGGAGGCACAAUUUUUUCAGCUGGGGAUAUCACAUAGCACUAAGGAUCUGGCGACUGAGUGCAUGGGGAGAGAGCACCCACUUGAUCUAAAAGGUUUGUUUCUAUACAGUCCCACCUGACAAGCGGAUGUGGGGAAGGACUUUGGUCAGGGAAUGCAGGCUGAUGCCAUGACCUGCUUAUUUUUAAAGUGCUCCGAGACACUUUAAUUAUCUACACAGUUAGCAGACUUUGCUUCUUGGAAAGGUGACCUAAAUACAGAGGUGUCAGUAAAUGGAGAACACCCCAACUGCAAAGGACAGUUUCUUCAGCAGCAUAGUGCUGCAGCCCUGAGGAGCAUGCUGGGGAAUAAGGCAGCAAAUAAUACAUAUCUCAGUGGUAAGGGUUUGCAUUUCCAACUGUACCCCAGGAUCCCUGAGACUAUGUCAGGGCAAUGCACUUUCUUGCUAUGAAGACACAACAUAAGCCUCAGUCCUUAUACUAGUGGCACAGAAACCUUGGUCUUUAAAGCAGGAAGCAAGAGAGGUGGGUCGUGCCUCCAUCACUCAUUGUUUUGUUUCUGUGCACCAGCAAAAUGUUUGCAUGUUGUAAAGUCAUUGACAUACUCACCACUUGUUCUUCUGCCCAGCUAAUGCAAGGGGAGACAUGACAAAUAACAGUUUUCAAAAGGGAAAGAUUCCAUGUUCCCAAAAUGCCUUUCCCUCCCCAAGCUAACCAUAGCCUCCUUUUCCCUUUGCACUAAUAUCAAGACACUCAGAAUUAUAUUGUCCCAGCUGGAGUGUAGCAGACCUUUGGCCUAUGGGAGGCACCAGAAGAAAGAGAUGGCUCUUGACUUUUAUAGAUCCCCAGAAGGGGCAACUAAACACAUGAUUUUCUUCCACUGACUUCAAUGGGAACAGAAUCACACACCCAGAGUUCAAGCACCCCACCCAAACACUAAACCAGGCCCAGAGCUGGGAUCAACACUCAGGAACAUCUGGUUUCCAGUUUCACACACAGACCACUAGGCUAUACUGCCUUUUAAAGCCCCAAAUAUACCCAAGUGGAUAUAUUGCUUGAAUACGGGGAAUCCUUCACCACCCAUCUCCUCACUCCCAGCCUUCCACUGAAAUGCAGCCACCAGUCACACACCACAGAAAUGCCCAAGGUCUCCUUCUUGAAGCGUUGUUGCCCUGUGUAUCAGCUAUCAACAGCCAAUCAUUGCAGAGCAAUUUAUUUUAAUGGAAGACAAGUGCUACUGUGGGGAGAGACUGGUACAUGGACUGCGUGGCAGAUAGAGACUAGUCACGUAUUAUUUAUUGUUCACAAUAUUAAGAAUGUAUAAAUAUUAAAAAAUG